AUGCCAUCUGCUGUCCGUUUCCACGGCCGCGGAGAUAUCCGCGUAGACCAUCUGGAGGAACCAAAAUGUGGAAGAGGCGAAAUAAAGUUAAAGCCAGCGUUCGCGGGGAUCUGCGGGAGUGACCUUCAUGAGUACACUGGCGGGCCUGUUUUAGUCCCCGAGGAGGAACACCCCUUGACACAUCAAACAUACCCCGUCACUCUGGGACAUGAAUUCAGCGGUACGAUUGUUGCCGUGGGAGAAGGCGUAGAAGGAUUCAGUCCCGGCCAAAGAGCCGUGGUGCGGCCGACUAUCUACGACACGGAAUGCUCCGCUUGCCGGGACGGGUGUGAACAAUGCUGCACAAAUAUUGGGUUUAUUGGGCUUAGUGGGUAUGGUGGAGGCAUGUCCAGGUAUAUCGUUGCUCCAGCAGGGCAUUUCUAUGCGCUCCCGGAUAGCAUCUCGUUCGAGACUGCCGCUCUGAUCGAGCCAUUGGCUGUUGCAUGGCAUGCCGUCAAUAUAUCACCUAUGAAACCGGACAACAAUGUCUUGGUCCUUGGGGGUGGGCCUAUUGGAAUUGCAAUUAUUCAAAUCCUGAAGCUCAAGGGUGCAAAAAACAUAAUCCUGGUUGAAUUGAUGGAGAAACGCAAAAAGCUUGCAGAGACUUUUGGCGCUACACAUACCCUCGAUCCGCGCGAGGUGGACAUCCCAAAAGAAGCACAUGUCAUCACAGAAGACAAGGGGGUGGACUUGGUCUUCGAUACCGCCGGCAUUCAAGGAGCGCUAAACGGAGUCAUCCCUGCUUGCAAGGCACACGGGACCAUCGUCAACAUCGCAGUUUGGGAGAAGUCACCGAAUGUGCAAGUGAAUGAUCUCAUGUAUCAUGAGAUCAAUUACAUGGGCGCGGCAUUAUAUGACGAGAAUGCGUUCACGGAGGUUAUUGAAGCACUUGCUGAGGGGAAACUUCAGCCGCAAAAAAUGAUUUCAUCUAUAAUCCAUCUGUCCGAUGCGGUUGAAAAGGGAUUUCAAGAAUUGAUUGACCACCGGGACCAGCAUUGCAAAAUUUUGAUUAAUUCACAGGCUUGA